UCUCUUUUUAAUGGUCAAUUACGUGACAUUGUGUCCACCUGUGUUUCCUUGCUGGAACCUUGUGUUUUGCUUAGUGCAAAUAUACACACAAAGCGCAUUUUAAAAAAUUACUUUCUAACGUGAUACGUAUCGUAAGUAAAAACGAUAAAUAAAUUGAGCUGAUACUUUGUUCCAGAAGAGGACAAAAAUCCAAAAAGGAAAGAAGAAAAAUUAAUGGAUUGAUCAAUAAAACACUCGAGUGUUGAUAUUCAAUCUAAACAAGCUGUUCCAUUUGAGUCAAUUCGAGUGUAUAGGCUAAGUAGACUUAUGUAUAAAAUGGCUGUAAAAGAAAAGCAAACAGAAUCUUCAUUUGACGAGAUAGAAUGGAACGUGGAAAAUGAGAUUCAGCUUUUCUUCUCUAUGAAUGGACACAAACCAGUCGGUGUUAACAAAUAUUUUCAUAUGGUAUGCAUAUGGGAAAAAUUUCGUGCUGCCAUCCACAAGGAUGUGUCAUUGAAGAUGAUAUGGGAUCAUUUGGAAUCUAUGUACGAUCUUAUGGCUUUGGAUGACAUGGAAGAUUUACCUUUCCCCAGUCAAGAGAUGGAUUUUUCUUUACCGGAGGCAGAAUUUGUAGCAAAGCCCCGAAAGAAGGAAGAAUUGGAAACAAAACUGAAAGAUCUGAGAGAUAAAUACAAAGAGAUUAAAAAAGAAAAGGAUAUUAAGGAAAGUUUAAAAAAAGAUAAUACACUGCGUGAUUUUAAAGGAAGCAAAGAUAUGGAAAAAAAGAAGGAAGAGAUGAAGAAAUAUGUGAAAGAAAUGGAGAUCAAGAAAGAUAAAUUUAGGGAUGUGAAAGAUACAAGGAAAGAACAUAAAUCUUCGAAAGGUCGUUCAAAAGGCAAAGAUGAUUCAGAAGAAAGUGCGUCGAAUGGAAAAAAGGAGCGCAAGGAUUCCGAAUCUAGUCGUGAACUUUUGAAAAGAAUCCCCAAGAGGCCAACUAGGCAAAGUGUGGACAGUUCUUCCAAAACUUCUUCUAGUCCACGUGAUACACCUCCUCCAAAGCGAAGAAGAAUAUAACAAUUAUCAUAAACAUUGUAACAUUUAUAUCCCAUGUUGAGUCCAAGUUGUAUAAUUUAUCAUAUAUGAGUAGUAUAAUGUGUAUUCUAACAAUAUGAACAUGUAUGUAUAUAUAUAUGUAUGUAUGUAUGUAUGUAUGUAUGUAUGUAUGUAUGUAUAUAUAUAUAUAUAUAUAUAUAUAUAUAUAUGAGCCAUUUAAUUUUUAUAA